CCCAAGCUCUUCUCGUGGCCGUUCACUGCGUUGCCGAAUAAGAGCCUCGAAGGCAAGGCUCUCUUGCCCAAAUUGAUGACCAAGCGGUGACAUAUCCUUGUGCCAUCGAAGAAAGUUAUGUGCCAGUGUAUGUCUCGUUGUAAGAUAAAUCUUUCGCAAGCCCGCCUCGUCGACAUUGACUUUAUUCAGUUUUCUCCUUCUGGCAAAUCUGACACUAUCCAAUUAAUGAAGAGGUAACCGGAUCGACGAUAUUGGAGAAGAACUUAACCUUAGAAUGAUCCAUCUAUCAAGCUUAAAGAUGUACAACUUCACUUGGCAAGUAAAUGACUCGAUAUCAACGGCAUUCGGUUUGGAAGAGGAAGAUGAAGACGACGAAUAUAUUCCAUACGUGCAGCGGCCAGAGACGUACAUCGUACCCAUCGUUUUUCUGCUGAUUUUAGUUGUUGGCGUUGCUGGCAACGGAGUAUUGGUUUUCACUCUGCUACGGCAUGCAAACAUGAGAAAUAUUCCAAACAUAUAUGUACUUUCUUUAGCUUUGGGCGAUCUUCUGGUUAUCGUGACUUGCGUCCCCUUCACUUCGAUCCUUUACACCAUCGAGUCUUGGCCCUGGGGUCUCGCCGUUUGUAAGCUCUCCGAGUACGCCAAGGACAUCUCGAUUGGCGUCUCUGUCUUCACUCUUACUGCUCUCGCAGCUGAAAGGUACUAUGCGAUCGUGAAUCCGAUCCGACGGCAUGUCGCUGGAUUGUCGGCCAAGCCGUUGACCAUCAUGACCGUCAGCUUAAUCUGGGUGCUGGCGAGUAUACUCGCCCUGCCCGCGGCACUGUUCUCUCAUGUGCCGAGGGAACCCCUCAAGGGCAACCACAGCAUCGCGAUCUGCAGCCCCUUCCCCAAAGAAUUCGGUGACGGCUACGAGAAAACCAUGGUGCUAUUUAAAUUUCUCGUCUACUACGCGAUCCCUCUGCUUAUCAUAUCGGGAUUUUACCUGGGGAUGGCUCGUCACUUAGAACUCUCAACAAGAAAUAUGCCCGGGGAGCAACAGGGAGCUCCUCACCAUCGCGAGCAAAUAAAGGCGAGGAAAAAGGUCGGCAAGAUGGUGGUAUCGUUUGUAGUCAUAUUUUUCCUGUGUUUCCUUCCUUACCACGCCUUCAUGCUGUGGUUCCACUUUUACCCGUCAUCUCGAGAAGUUUUCGAUGAAUUCUGGCACGCGUUCCGAAUCAUAGGAUUCUGCUUGAGCUUCAUCAACAGCUGCGUCAAUCCCAUUGCAUUAUAUUUUGUCAGUGGAACUUUCCGGAAAAGGUUCAACGAAUACUUGUGCUGCUGUAUACCCAGCGUGAGGAGGGCGGCAAACGCCCAGGGACGAUUUCCGCGGACGAGGGGCGAGGCCAGCACGCUCUACGAGACGAGCUUCAAUUCGACCUACAGACGGCACACGCAGGAGCUGAACUCCAGCACGCUCCUGAAUUUCACCGGGGAGAUCAGCAAAUCCACUUGAGGCCAACUUCUCUAGCGGGAGUCGAUCUUGUAACUCCGAUCGACUCUUGCCGCCUUCCAAGACUGCGCGCCCAAACCGAUCGACUUUCAAGUACAGCCCGCGCAAGCUCCUGACGCAUCGCUGUAUUACGCGCGCAUCUGGACGACACUGCAUUAUACAUCUUGAAUUUGACCGCGUCAAUUGGAAUAUGAGUACUCUACAUGUGGAUAUUAUGACCGUGUACGCAAUUGAAACACUCGACGCGGAUAUCAAUGUAACUUCUCGAGUUAUUAAUAAUGACUGCAUCAUUCGGGACCAUUUGCCAUGAUCGAUUUUGGGUUGCUAUCGCGUAGUUUUUUUAGACAUUCAAGGCGCCACGCUUGCAUUUACGAUGAUUUCACAAAAUCUCGCUAUUACGACAUACUAAUCGUUGCAUGGCACCAGUCGCUAUCACGAUAAGCAUUGUCAUAAUUCUAACCAAAGUUGCUCAGUAUCCGACAAAUAAUAUUUUAUCUCACAUAAAACAGUUUGAAUCUUUCAAAGUAGGUUGUGGUUGUAGUUGUAGUGUACACCUGUUGCGACCCUUCUACAAACGAUGAUUUCUGUGAAGUGUCAGUUGGCUUUAUGAAUUGUUAAUGUACUGGGCGAUGUAUUCAUAAAGUGAGAGACUGUCGAUCGCGAAUUUGGCAACUUUAUUGACAUGAUAAAAUUGAAAAUUCAGACUUAUUUAUUUGUCAUCAUGAGAAUUGAAUUUCAGUCAUCGCGGUAUCUAGUAUCAAAGUGUCACGUCAAUAUACACGUAUAUUUCACACAAAAGAGAAUUCGUUUUUUAAUCAAGCUACUGUGUGAAAAACUUCUUUGGAAAUUAAUAACGAUAAACUCGUUAUACCCUAAAAGAAAAUUCUAGGUAGAAUUUUAAAACGAACGAAAGUUGAAAAACUAUAAAAGAGUAUAUUGCGAGAGUCUAUAAAAUAUUUUUUCAAACUAUGAAAUAUAUUUACUCACUAAAUCUAAUGUCGAGUACACGUCACUCAGUUUGGUAACACGUGUGAAUAUAUGAUGACGACCAUGUUGACUUUACCGUGUAUCUCUAUUGAACUCUAAUGCACCUCAUCUAGUCAUAUUAACGAUAAUUAUAUCUAAAUAGAAAUAUAAAUAGUUACAUUUGAUAUGAAUUUUAUUUAAGAAAUAAUUUCUGUUUUUGUUGUGAUAGUUUUAUUUUGUGAUUGGUUUAAUUGUUAAUGGACACAAAACUGAUGGAUGCAAUAAUUUAAAUGUCCAAUUUAUAUUCAAUAUAUGUAUAUAUGAAUUUAUUAACUUUAAAGUCGUGCUGUAAUAGAUAAGUCUUUGCCGCGUAUUAAAAAUGUUCCCAUCACAUUUUGCGAAUGCUAUAGUUCAAUAAUACACUAUAUAAAUAUAUAGAAUUCCUUUGUAUGAUAUUAUAUAUAUGAAUGGCAGAUAUAUAUUAAAGAAAUAAUGUUACGUCGCAUGAAAUCGUAAAUGUUCCUUGUUAAUAUAAAAAUUAUAUUUUUUAUUUCUAGGUGCACAUCUAUAUUAAUACGCCAAUAAAACUGUGAAUAACAUUCCAAAACUUUUUUACUAACACAAGAUGAUCACAAAUGGGGAAAAUACUGCUUAUUGCGUUACAUGAUAGAAUAUUUAACUGACUAAUAAAUACGUCAUUCGAUAUGCAACGUUGUCUCAUAGAUGUAUUAGUGAUAGGU